AUGGAGCAGAAUGCUGGUCCAAAAGUCCUGAUCCCCCGGCUGCCCCGGAUGCCCUUCCCUCAGAGGACUUUCAGAACCUUCAAGACUCCAUCUGACCAACUCGCGGACAAACGCUCGCGAGAUCGCACUCGAGUUUACAUCGGAGAAUGUGUGGAAAGAUGGAAACAGAUCAAAGAGACGCAGCGCUUCAAGAGCGACGAGCAGAUGGCCACGCUGCUCUUAGACAGUUACCAGAAGUUUCUGGACCUUUCAUCUCAGAGACCUGUGAUCAGACCAGUGAGUGCACCUCCUCUUCCUCCUCCCUCAGACCGUGAGUGCACCUCCUCUUCCUCCUCCCUCAGACCAACCAGUGAGUGCACCUCCUCUUCCUCCUCCCUCAGACCAACCAGUGAGUGCACCUCCUCUUCCUCCUCCCUCAGACCAACCAGUGAGUGCACCUCCUCUUCCUCCUCCCUCAGACCAACCAGUGAGUGCACCUCCUCUUCCUCCUCCCUCAGACCAACCAGUGAGUGCACCUCCUCUUCCUCCUCCCUCAGACCAACCAGUGAGUGCACCUCCUCUUCCUCCUCCCUCAGACCAACCAGUGAGUGCACCUCCUCUUCCUCCUCCCUCAGACCAGUGAGUGCACCUCCUCUUCCUCCUCCCUCAGACCAGUGA